AGCCUAGACUCAUUUAGCCAACUCUCGAAACAAAUAUUGGAUCUUUCCAAAUCUCAUUUCGCGCACCUCCCUGUCGUUCCUCCUGCCGACGUUCUGGCCACCAUUCCUCCCGGACUUCCCUCCUUCCUUGGAGACACUGACGCCUGUCGCCAAUUGCGUACCGCCUAUAUUGCGCACACUGUCUCCAAUUUGAUCACCUUUCGUGUAUUCACGCCCUUUCUCUUCAGCUUGGGACGCCGCUACGACAAGGCAGAUGGUCUGUUCACUUCAAUGAGCAGCCACCUUCGUGGGAAAAGUACUCGGAAGGAAGCAGUUUGGAGGCAAAACACCCUCGUUGCUGCGUUCACGAGCAGUGGUGCAAAGCAGCGCAUCAAUUCUGCGGCUGGUUCCGUCGUCGAGGAGGUCGUUAACGCAAUAAAGCACUUCACAGCACCAGGGGAAGAGGAGCAAAUUAGACAUGCCGUCAGACGCAUUGUCAAACUGGCAGCAGAGACAUGGCGGCUUGCACGCCUCGAGAGAGAGAUGAUCGUUGCCAAAAUGCCGGCUGUGGACGAUCAAAGCGCAGAAGGCAGUGGAGGGGACAUCGAGGGGUCCUGGCCAGCGUACACCUUCGACUCCGCUACGAUGCCGCCCAUAGAAAGCUCCGUAAUUUCAGGCCUCCAAGAACCUCCCAAGAUGCUACUUCGGCUGUUUCCUGUCAUUCAACGAGAAGCGAUUCACGAAAGCUUCCGCUUGACAGACCAAGAGAAGGAAGACAAAGGUUGUGUAUAUAGCCAUGGUCUUGCACUUUACGACGACGCCUUUCCAGUGGCACUAAGGGAGCAGGAACUU